AUGAGUGACCUUGAGUUUACUUCAAGUCUGCUAGAGGAUGAAGAAGAACAAGAUUCAACUUAUGAUCGUGGAAAGAAGCGAAUGUUUUCUCGUGAAAUACGUUCAAUGUUGUAUGCUUUUGGAGAUGAUGAAAAUCCAUUACCUGAAACUGUUUCCUUAGUUGAAGAUAUAGCAGUUCGACAUAUUAUAGAAAUGGCUAAAAAAGCAUUAAAAAUUGGUAAACCAGGAAAAAUCUCUGUUGAAGAUGUUACUUAUCUCGUUCGACGUGAUCCUAAGAAAUUUUCUCGAGUGAAAGAGCUGCUCUUGCUCAGUGAAGAGCUCCGACGUGCACGCAAAGCAUUUGAAGAAGAUGAGUUUGAUGUGCUUAAAUAA